UUCCCACGUGACCUCCUUCAGUGGGGUUCGCUGUGCAUUGUGGGAUCGUACAGUGGCAGCUCUGAAAGGAAGCAAAUGCUAACAAAAUAUCAGAUGUUCAGCAACUAUGUCUGCAAAAGAAGUUAAAUCAGCCUUGAAGAAUGCAAGGGAGGCUAUUAAAAACAAAGAAUAUAAGGAAGCAUUAAAACAUUGCAAGGCAGUUCUGAAGCUGGAAAAGAAUAAUUACAAUGCCUGGGUGUUCAUCGGCGUGGCAGCAUGUGAGUUAGAACAGCCGGAUCAGGCUCAAACUGCUUACAAGAAAGCUAUGGAACUGGAGCCUGGUCAGCCUCUUGCUUGGCAGGGGUUAGCAAGUCUGUAUGAAAAAAGCAACCAGGCAGAUUUCAAAACGGAGUUGCCAAAAGUCUAUGAAAAACUUGCCACACUGUAUGAAAGUUCGGACAAAGAAAAAUGUUAUGAGGUGGGCAAAAAACUGGUCGACCUUUAUCAUUCAAGGAAGGAUGAUGCGCAGGCGGCCAGGUGGUUGCGGAGGCUAAUCUCGCUGAAGGGGGAUGUGGAUAAAGAGGAGGAACUGCAGCUGUGGCUGAGGAUGGUCCAGCUCCUGGCUGACAGUGUGGAGGAGCAAGACAAUCAGACACAGCAGCAUUUAAUAACGGCUUUUGAAAAGGCCGUGCUCCUGAUAGAUCCACCCUGUGACAAGCACAAGAGGCUUUUGACUGACUACAUUAAGUGCUUAUCAAAACUGCAACAUGAAGAAGUGAAGAUGAAAGAAGCCUGUGACAGCAUGCUGUGCCUGUACCCCUCAGAUGCCUUUCCUCUGGAGGUGCUCAGCCUGCACUAUAUUCAGACAAGAGGUUUUUGCAGUGAUGAGGCAGCCAAAAGCUUCUCUAGACUCCUGGAGGCCGACGGGGAUAGUGGACUAGGCCACAUUGGUCUGGGGAUGCGAGCUUUGGAGGACGGGGAAUAUGAAGCGGCUGUCAAGCGUUUGGAUCAAGGAUUGAAACGCAUGCCCUCCUGUAUAAUUGGCUGGUACAGCCAGGCCCAAGCCCGACUGAAAAUGCACCAAUAUCGAGAUGUCAUUGUCUCCUGCACUCAAGGGAUGAAAUUGUGUUGUGAAGGAGGGGACGAGCUAAGCCAAAGAUUUAUGCAGCUCAAGAUUGAGGCUUUGGUCAGAAGUGGCGGACAGCAGAAUGCUGAUGAGGCUUUGGAGAUUCUCUCACAGAUUCCAAAUUCUGAAAAGGAUCCAGUUCUUAUGUCCUUUAAAGGAAGAGCAUUCUUGCAAAAAGGACUCAUCGAACAAGCAUUUCAGGUGUCAUCUGAGGUCCUGAUGUCUCAGCCCAGCCAGGCAGAUGCCUUAUCUCUGAAGGGACUGGUGCAUUUCGCCAAGGAGGAAACCCAGCAAGCAGAACAGAGCUUCCUGAAGGCAGUAGAGCAGUGCCCAAACUCUGGGGAGUACUACUUCCUGUUGGGAAAGCUGUACUGGCACAUGGGUGAGGAGACUCGACGUGACAAAAGAAAAGCUCAUGAGCAUUUGCUAAAGGCAGCAAGGUUGGACCCAUUCCUCGGAUCAGCAUUCCGGUACCUAGGACACUACUACCGAGAUUUUGCAAAGGAGCUCGGGCGAGCUCGAGGGUGCUACAAGCGGGCCUUUGAUCUCGACAGUAGUGAUGUGGAGUCUGGGGCGGCUACAGUGGACCUCAGCAUGGAACAGGGGCUCAUGGACUCUGCUUUGGGCGUUCUUAAGUCAGUAACAGAUACGGCUACGCCUGGAUUGGCCAAGUGGGCCUGGGUGAGAAGAGGAUUGUACUACUUGAAGACUGGUCAACACUCCCAGGCAACUGAAGACCUCCAAGCAGCUCUAAAAGCUGACCCCCAGGAUUACAUCUGCUGGGAAUGUCUUGGAGAGGCAUAUCUGAACAGGAGGAUGUUCACAUCUGCUCUCAAGACUUUUGCCAGAGCCCAUGAGCUCAAUCCCGAGUCUAUUUACAACCUCUACCAGAUGGCUGCCAUCAAGCAGACCCUGGGGAAGUUCAAGGAAGCCGUCAAAGAGUAUAUGCAGAUCAUCGAGCAGGAGGACUACGUUCCGGCACUGAAAGGUUUGGGGGAAUGCCUUUUGGCAAUGGCUCGAAGUGCUUUUAUGGACUACCUGGAUGGAAGAGCUGUUGACCUCCUUCAAGAGGCUAUUGCGUUCCUGUUCAGAGCAGUACAGCAGAGACCGGACCUGUCCUGCCUGUGGAAGUUGUUGGGUGAUGCUUGUACAGCCACCCACAUUGUUUCACCCAGUCGAGCCAAGCUGUUGGUACCUGGCCUGCUAUCUGGCCUGGAUCCCCUAGAUCAGAAACACAUGCUUGACCAGAACCAGGUCCUGAAGCUUGGAGAAAGGUGCUAUGCCCAGGCUUUGAAACGCAUGGGAGAGGCAGCUAACUUAUGGCAUGACCUUGGCUUAAACUAUUACCAUCAGUCCAGACAGUUGAUAUUCUCAGAGGAGAAGCAGGAUUCCCUGCUGCCUCUGGAAAAAUCUCUACAGUGUUUAAAGAAAGCUAUAAUGCUGGACGCCAGCAACUACACUUACUGGAAUGCUUUGGGCGUAGUGGCCAUGAGUAAAGGAAUUGAAAACUUUGCCCUGGCUCAACACUCCUUCAUUAAAUCUAUAAAUAUGGAAGCAAAUAAUGUCAUUGCCUGGACAAACCUUGGUGCCCUGUACCUAAAAAAAGAGAAUAUGGAGCUUGCAUAUAAGGCCUUCAAUACUGCCCAGUCUUUGGAACCAUCAUAUGUCAACUGCUGGAUUGGGCAGGCUCUCAUAGCAGAGAAUAUAGGUAAUUAUGACACCAUGGAUCUUUUCAGACACACUACCGAGCUCAGCACCCAUACAGAAGGUGUGAAAGGCUAUGCAUUCUGGGUGUGCUCCACACUGCUGGACAAAACCAACAGGAAUUCUGAGCUUUAUCUUUACAACAUCGUACAAAUGAAUGCUGUAUCGGCUGCUCAGGUGGCUUUGUGCAAAUACACAGAGAGAAUCCAGACUGAUUCAGAUGCAUUCACUAUGUUGGGUUACCUCAAUGAACACCUGCAGCUAAAAAAGCUAGCAGUUCAAGCUUACCAGAGAGCUGUGGAGCUACUUCAGGCGGGGCCUCCUACAAAAAAACUCAGCUUUGCAUUAAGAAACUAUGGUCGUGCGCUCUGUCACACAGGCCAGUGGGAGAAGGCGGUGGAUAUCUACUUGUCCACACCACAAGAAGACAUUCAUGACGUCACAGGCUUGGCUCUGUCAUAUUUCAGGGCUGGACGCCUGCAGGACAGCAUAAACACCUAUGAGACAGCCACAGCGCUGGCCUGCACUGAGGAGGAGAAGGCCUGCCUUCUGACGGCACUCGCUCUGCUGGAGUGCCACAGAGGCUCUACAGACGCAGCUAAGACUCUGCUUUUCAAGUGUUCCAUGCUGAAGGACCCCAUACCCGAAAGCCUGCAGUGCCUAUGCGCUCUGGGGCUGGUGCAGGGCGACGGCACCCUGGCCAACGCCGCCCUCUCCGAGCUGCUGAAGCUGCCCAGAAACCAGGUGGCUGUGGAGGAGCUUUGUAUCCUGACCAGCGCCCUGCUGGCUCUGCAGGGGAACUGCGCUGCAGUGCAGAGGGAGGCUGCCCGGGCUGUGCACAGAAACCCAGGAAACCCCUCCCUCUGGGCCCUUCUGUCUCAACUGGUGCCUCAGUACUAUCCCAGAAAAGCAGAAGGAGGUGCAGUUGCCGGAGCAGUGGCAUGCCACUCCAGUGUGACUCAGGGAAAGAAGGCGCUGUUGUUCAGCGGCAUUAAUCAGCUGGCUGCUGGCAGGCAUUCAAAGGAAGACCAGAGGAAAAAUGCCUUAAAAACCAUACAAAGAGCUAUUUUGCUUUCACCAGCUGACCCGGCCUGCUGGGCCGCACUCAUGGCGGCCUGUCACACGGAGAACGUGGCCCGCGUGCUCUCUGGCGCGGCCCCCCGCUGGCAGGGCCUUGAGAAGAGGCUGCUAAGCAUGGUGUCCGAGGAAGUGAAGGUAGUGGAGGCGGUGGAGAGGCCGCAGGCUUUAGCCCUGGAGGCCUGGGCCCUGCAGCAGGCCGUCUCUGGGCUCAGGCAGGUUGGGCGGCACGUGGAGGCCGAGAGCCUCUGUACUGAGGUUCUCAGAAUGUCACCGGAGCAGCCGGCAGUCUUUCUGUUGCUACGGCAGAUCGAGUGUGAGAACUUGCUGCAUUCUGCCCCCACCCUGCCCAGCUCAGUUUUAGACCAACUUAGCAGCAUGAUGGUUGCUGGCCAGGCAUCCCUGUCUGCCUGGCAUUGGCUGGCAGAGGUGUAUCGCACUCAGGGUCUGCUGGUCCAGGCUGUGAUGGUCUACAGGCAGAGUCUCCAGCUGGCCUCUCAGAUGGGGCACUUCAGCUGGAAAAUGGCCACACUUCUGCGGCUGGCCCUUCUGGCCCUGGGGCCCUGCAUGGCCUGUGAGCCCAGUGCUGAAUGGAAGGACCUGGUUCUUGAGGCGACUUCAGAAGCCCUGAAGCUGGGCCCCUGCCCCGUGGCACUUCUCAUCCAGGCUCUGCUGCAGUUCUCCCUUAAAAUGGGGGCUAGGGAAACACGACGCCAGUUAGAGAGGAUUGUUUACACCCCUGUUCCUGGGCAGCCCGAGACAGUGGUGUCAGUGGCACGCUGGUACCUCCUCCGUCACUACCAUGCCAAAAACGACCUGGAGCCAAUAGAUACACUGAUGAAUCAUGCCAAAGCAUCAGGGGACUGCCGGCUUUUGGAGCUUCAGAAACGGCUGUUGUGUUAAUGCAUAAGCAAGAUACAAAGGACUGUCAUAUUCAAUCAUCAAAAUGAACUGUAAUAUUUUAUGUCUGUGACAUUGACAUUAACCUUCUAUAAUCAUGCUGAAGCCAUUUAAAAUGUCUGUGAGCUGCGCUUGUUUGGAAAGUAAGAUUUUAGGUUUUUGAAUUGCAUCCACUUUGAUUUAAUAAUGUACUUUGUACAUUUAACAUUUUCUGGACAGCCUGAUACACUCAGGUGUCUCUGCUCUUGCACAUUGGGUAGCUGGUGAAGAAACAAUAUAAGAAAUAUUUGCCUCUGUAAAUAACUACGUUUAUGAGCCUAGCAGAAUAUAAGCAUGACAUUAUAUGGAGAAGGAGAAAGCUUGCCAUUUAAGUCUCCUUUUAUUCCGGCAUUGUUGAUGAACAUACAUUUGUGAAUGGGUAAUAUUCCUUCUGUUUCAUUGGUGCUUUAACCUUGGGACAUUCACAUUUCCAAAACUUCGUUGAAUAAGCAAAAUGCCAUUGUAUACUGUAUGCCAAAUGAGGAAAAAAGAUAAUGAAAUUGUGCCCUCUGCAGUCCAUUCUGAAAAUUACAUUCAAUAAAUGGAAAUUAGUCGAA